AUGUACUUCUUCAUGGGGUACUUGUCCUUCCUGGAUCUCUGGUAUUCCUCCAUCUACAACCACAAGGUCCUGCUGAGCUGUGUCUCCGAGGACAAGAGCAUCUCCUUCGCUGGGUGUGCUGCUCAGCUCUUCAUCUCCAGUGGCUUGUCCUACACUGAGUGCUGCCUGCUGGUGACGAUGACCUACAACCGGUACGCAGCCAUCUCCAACCCACUCUACACUGCUGCCAUGUCCAAGAAGCUGUGCAUGGGGCUGGUGGCUGCCUCCUACCUCGGUGGCUUUGCCAAUUCCACUCUCAUUACCAGCCGCACGUUCACCCUCAGCUUUUGUGAUGCCAAUGUCAUUGAUGACUGCUUUUGCAACCUGCCCCUGCUGGUGAAGCUCUCCUGUGAUGUGACAGACAGCUACCAGGUGCUCGUGUAUUUCAUCCUGACCUCCAACAUCAUCCUUCUCUCCAUUCUCAUCCUCACAUCCUAUGCCUCCAUCCUGGCUGCCAUCCUGAAGAAGUGUUUGGCCAAGGGGCAGCACAAAGCCUUCUCCAUCCGUGCCACCCACCUCACCACCAUCAUCCUCUUCUACGGCUCCAUCCUCUUCAUUUAUGCCCAGCACAGCUCCACAUAUGUCCUGGGGAGGGACAAGGUGGUCUCUGUGUUUUACACAGUGGUGAUCCCCAUGCUGAACCCCUUCAUCUACAAUCUAAGGAACAAGGAGGUGAAGGAGACUGCUGAAGAGACAGACAGCUUCUUAGCAGAAGAAAAGCAGGGAUUACGUCCCCAAAGAUACAUAUAG